CCUUGGACCGCUCGCUCAGUCGUGAUUGUGCUGCUGCUGCUGCUGGAGCCACCACCGCAACCCCCACCGGCUUCUGAUGUUCUCCAGCAAACCCAGCCGCGCUUCUAGCUACAAAGAAGCAGAAUUCGCCUUCGCCGGAUACAAUUGAUACGCGCGUUUUUUUGCUUUUUGUUGUCAACACGAUUCACUUUUCUUUUCUUUUGUUGGUUUGUCAUCGUUGUUAAGUUUCUUUUAUUUUAGUCAACUUUAGGAAGGGUCCACAUUUUGUUCCAUCAAUUAGGGGCGGGUAUAGGGGACGUGCGCUCGGCGUUGAUCCGAGUUCUUGCUGCUUUUGCGCGGUCUUUAACGUCUCAUCAUGCGGACUGAUCGUCGACAACGGCACGGGGGGAGCUGCUCGAACACGGGACCUGCUGGUAGCCUCUUGUUGCUUCUGCUGCUGCUGGUGGUGGCACUCUCCAUCACCCAGCUGGGACCCACCUCUGCCUUCAACCUGGAUGACUCGCGUCCCAACGUAUUCUCGGGACCUCAGGGCAGCUAUUUUGGAUACUCUUUGGAUUUCUACAGCCCAGAGAGCUCCAGCAAGGGCAUUGUGGUGGGAGCCCCCAAAGCGCACACAGAUGCACAUCCCAACGUGACGCAGCCUGGAGCCGUCUUCAUGUGCCUCUUGCGUGAGGAGAACUGCACACGCAUUCCCCUGGGACCGCCCGAUGAGCGGUACACGCAGAUUCGCUUGGGAAGCCCUCCGGAGCGAAUGGAGUUCAAGUCGCACCAGUGGUUUGGAGCCACCGUCAGGACACAUGGUGAAACUCUGCUGGCUUGUGCGCCCCUGUACAGCUGGCGCACAUUCAAGAGCGAGGAGGCCGAGCAGGAGCCUGUGGGGACCUGCUUCCUCUCGAGGGGAAACUUCUCCAGCCAAGCCGAGUACUCUCCCUGCCGCACAGGCAGAAGUGACCAAAAUGGACAAGGAGUGUGCCAAGCCGGUUUUAGCGCUGACUUUACCAAGGCUGGAUGGGUGGUGCUUGGAGGCCCAGGGAGUUUCUUUGCUCAAGGCCAGGUCAUGGCUGCCUCCUCCAAGGUUGUGUUUCGCCAGAAAUCCAGGUUUCUGCUGUCCCGAGUGGAGGGCCAGAAGGAGACAGCUGAGACUCCGGCCAACAAUGAUGACACGUACAUGGGUUAUUCUGUGGCUGUUGGAGAAUUCACGGGAGACUCUGUGCAAGAGUUUGUCACCGGUGUGCCAAAAGGAUCCAGUACGUUUGGAUACGUGCUCAUCCUCAACACAACAGACAUGAGCACCCUCAUGAACGUCACAGGAGAGCAGCUGGCUUCCUACUUCGGCUACACGGUGGCAGUCACGGAUGUGAAUAAUGACGGACUGGAUGACCUGCUCGUGGGCGCCCCACUCUACAUGGAGCGCGGCUCCCAGGGUCGCCUGGAGGAGCUGGGCCGCGUUUAUCUUUACCUGCAGCAGGCCCCGCUCAGCCUGGGCGCCGCACAGACGCUGUCGGGGCGAGACGUUUAUGGCCGCUACGGCAGCGCCAUCACGCCGGUUGGAGACCUCGACCAGGAUGGAUAUAAUGACGUUGCAGUGGGAAUGCCGUUUGGAGGGGAGGAUGGCACCGGUGUGGUGUUUGUUUAUAACGGGCGAGACACGGGCCUGAUGGCUAUACCAUCCCAGACGCUGCGUGGACGCUGGGCAUCGCAGGGCCUCCCGGCCAGCUUUGGAUUCGCACUCCGUGGGGGAACUGACCUCGACUCAAACGGCUACCCAGAUUUGAUUGUUGGAGCCUUCGGAGUGGACAAGGCCAUUGUGUAUAGGGCGCGCCCAGUUGUGACGGUCAGCGCGGAGCUCACGGUCUCCCCCAUGGUGCUGCACCCUGAGAACAGGAGCUGCAUGGUGACUGGUUACGCUACCCUGCAGUCCUGCUUUUCAGUGGAAUUUUGCCUGAAGGUUUCUGGAAAGAGAAUACCUGAUACUGUAGGCAUGGAGGUGGAGGUGCUGCUGGACAAGUUGAAGGAGAAAGGCGCCAUCCGUCGAGUGCUCUUCCAGGACUCCAAGUCCCCGCGCUUCAGGACGCGUCUGCAGAUGGGCCGGGGACUUCAGGAGCAGUGCUCAACCCUCACAGCGUAUCUCAGGGAUGAAAGUGAAUUCCGGGACAAGCUGUCUCCCAUCGUGGUGUCUCUGAACUACAGCCUGGAUGAAGAGUACAACUCAAAUCACAGCGCUGUGGUGCCAAUUCUUAACCACUACCAGGCAGACCACAUCCAGAAGCAGGCGUACAUUUUGCUGGACUGUGGAGAAGACAACAUCUGCAUGCCAGACCUUCAGCUCGCUGGAUAUCUGGAGCGCACGGAGCUCUACAUGGGUGACACGAGCCCGCUAACGCUCACGCUCAACUGCUCCAACCACGGCGAGGGCGCCUACGAGGCGGAGCUGCAAGUCGCCGUGCCCCCCGAGGGGGACUACAUCGGCAGCACGCGCAGCAGCGAGGGGCUGGGAACGGGAGAUGGGAAUCUCUUCGCCCCAAUCUGCACCCUGAAGGAGGAGAACAACACGAGGUUGGUUGUUUGUGACCUGGGGAACCCAAUGAAAGCUGGAACGAAUCUUCUGAUUGGGCUCCGGUUUGAUUUCAAAAACAUGGCUUAUGACAGCUCAUCCAUCACAUUCAAUGCCAACAUGAAAAGCACCAACAAAGACAACCCGGAGAGUCAGCCCCUCGCUCUGCGCGCCGAGCUGGCUGUUUUGGCACAGGUUGACAUUCGGGGCGUGUCGAUACCAGAUGCAACAGCCAUCUAUGCUGCAGAGUGGAAAUUGGCCGCACCCAUGUCUUAUCAGGAGGAGAUCGGACCUUCACUCCAGCAAGUAUUUGAGGUCCACAACAAUGGGCCGAGCUGGGUGAAGGCAGGCUGGUUGGACGUAAAGGUGCCCCACCAGCAUGAUGACGACUUCCUACUCUACCCGCUGCAGAUCGCCACUGAAGGGCCCCUCAACUGCACGUUCAGCAUGCCCUUGAACCCGUUGAAUCUACAGCCACGUUUGACUUCAAUGGAGCCGACCGACAAUUCCAGCACAGUGGCACCAUCGCCAAACCCUCGCCACGUCAUCGUGCGCAGGGAGGCCGGGGAGCGACCACCGGCGCCACGCGUGCUGGGUUGCAGCAGCAGUCAGUGCCUGCAUGUCACCUGCCAGCUGGGUUUGCUGCCGCGACGUACAAGCGCCGUGCUUAUUCUUCGCUCCCGACUCUGGGUCCCCAGCUUCCUUAAGGGAGGACAAAAUCAAGUCGUCCUACAAACCAGUGCUGCUUUCCGGGUCACUGAGAUGCCCUACAAACUACUUCCUGAUGAAUUCCCAUCAGGAAGCAGAGUGGUGAACACGACGGUGGUUCUUGUGAAAGCGGGGUUCCAGCGCCCCGUGCCCUACUGGGUGAUUUUCUUGGCUGUGCUAGCCGGGCUGCUGCUCUUGGCCCUGCUCGUCUAUGCCCUGUGGAAGAUGGGAUUUUUCAAGCGGGAGCGCUACAUGCAUGAUGAGAUUCCCGCUGAAAAAGCAUUUCUCAAGCCGCGGCAGAAUGGAGUGGAAGCCUGACCGAAGCAGACCGGGACUAAUCUGCACCAGGCCUGACGAGACCGGAUUGAAUUAGAUUCUGAAAGAAGCUGGCCUCACGUCUGACUACGUUGAGCAGCAACGCUGAGCCAAAUGUCAGAUGCCUGGAAUGGCCAGAAACAGACUGCAUGGGAUCAAGCAGCAUGAAACGCCAUGGACAAGAUCUGAUGCUCAAAUUGGGAGCAAUCGCAACAGAGAAAAUUACAUUAAAUAUCCAAAGACAAUAUUCAACUAUUAUUUUAUUAGCAUUGGCAAGGGACCUGGUCCCUAGAGAACAGAUGUUAGGCCACGAGACUGUCUGGUUAUUACACUGUCUACUGAAUGGGAAGAGUUGACCAAGCCAUGCAGAGUUGUGCAGACCCACACUGUGCUGGGCUGUGUGAAAUGACAGGAACAGGUUGAACUGGAUUUGCUGUUCUAACUCAGGUCUCUGCCAGCAUUUCUUUGGAUCAUGCUUGGAUUGGUGGUUCCUUAAAACCUCUGCUUCUUGCACUGAAUGUUAACAACUGUUUUUCUUCAGUGUCGCGUGUUGUUAAGGACUUUAAUUUCUGCACCGUCCAUCUGAGGGAAAGCACUGGGCUAUUUGCUCGGUAUCAAUGCCUACCCCCCCGAUGCAAGCCUUGACAUGCACACUUUCAACCUGCCUGAUCCAUAAACAAUGACAAAAAUAUUAAUUUUGGGUUUUUUCCCCUCAUCACGAGUCGUGUAAAUAAUGAAGCUGCAUAUGCUACCAAAACGUUGUCGAUUGUUCAACUCUGCAUCUUAUUUUAAGAGGAAUUCGGCUGACUAUGGGUUGGUUUAAUUAUGCAUUUCUCUACACCUAGAGUUUGGAGCACCAAUGUUUAAACCUUUUAUGUUGAUUGCUUGACAGAAUAAUAAAUGACGCGCUUCCACAGGAGUGGCUUCGACACUUUUGCCAAUGUGCCUUCACGUCCGACAUAAGCCACUUAUGCUUCUAUAGGCAUUCUAUUUUAAUCACUGCUACCCUUUCCACAGUCAGCAGCAAAUUCCUAGAAGCCAAAGAAGUGUGUGAGGUGCAGUGUCUGUUGGAAUUGCAUAUGUAGCUAUUUCUGUUUUGUUCUUGGUGCUGAAUUAUGAGUGUCUGGUAUCACAUUUACAAUUGAUCUUCAUUGUUUGAGGACAAAACACAUGUAUAUUUAUCUUAAUUAUAAUAGUAACAACAUGCAUUGUUCACAAAAGUAUUUAUGUUUUUUAUAAGCUGUAGGGUAAUUUAAAGAAUUAAGAAAAACAGAGACUGCAAACAUGAUGCUCUUGAUGGCUGCAUGACAAUUUGCAAGUACUGCCCUCGUUGGAGUGCAAUAUGACAAUGUUCUUCAUCCACGUGCUUUGUCCUUGGUUGGAAAGCCCUGUAAACUGGUGUUGUAUCAGGAAUAACAGACGCUACCCGUCUAAUUUUGGGGCACAAUCCAAUUUAAUAAACUAUUGUUUCAACAUUGUGGUAAACGUAUCUCCUUUAGUGGCGGCGGAGGGCCAUGCGAACGAAUUACAUACAACAUAUAAUUGAUUCUCACUAUAUUUUAUGUGUGCAUCAGGAUAAAAAAACACAUUGACUAAUUGAUGAUGCAUACAAUUUCCAAUUGUGACCACCUGUGACUGCAUAGUUAUGGCAUGCGAAUAUGGGGAUGAGAUGAUUUUGAGGUGGUGUUUGUUGUGGCCUUUGGAGUGCUAUAGAUUUUACUUGGUAUAUGACAAUGCAGGAGAGUUUUCGGUUAUUCGUUAUGGUAGUCUCAAAUGCAAUAACCAAAUUAUAUUGUAACGUAUACGGCUUUGACAUUUCAACAGAUAUCCAGCUUUAUAACCCCUUUUCGUGUGACUGCCACAUACUAUUAAAUCACAGAUUAUAUAGUCAAUGGAUAUCAUCACAAUGCAUGUUUUACAAUUCAUUGGCUUGAUGUGAAUUGGCCAUCAAGUUAAAAAAGAACACUAAUGUUGCUUAGCUAUCUUUGAUACAAUGACUUCCCCUUGUCUUGGUUUUGAUGUAUGCUCGUGUUUUGUAUCUGUCAAAUAAUUAAGCUCCUGCACUUUACUUGCAAAAGGCAUGUUAGCAAAUGUCUGAUCUAAAAAUCUGGAUUUUUUAAAGUGCAUUAAAUGUUUGUAUAAAACACUUUAAAGGCACAUUUUAACACGUUUAGACAUUUCAUUUUAUUGUACAUUACUUUAAUAAUGCCCCCAAUGUAUCGGCUGCGUGCACUUUUAAUCACUGUUAGAAAGUCAGGAAUAGUUGAAGUGCGGAAAAUCUUGCCAAUAAUGUUACUGCCAAAAUGACCUCUUGUCUUGUGCUAUUGCGAGCAUUGUACAAUCAAAGCCGAUACACCUUCCAAAAUGUACGCUUGUGCUAGAUCCUUUCAAGGGUUAAUUUAUCAGGAGUUAAUAAAAUAAAGUGGUGUAGUGUGGAGCAUUGGUCGCUAUUAUUAGCUGAAUAGAAUCUGCCUCCCGUUACUGUAAUAGCCAUAAUCACGAUGCAAGCAUUUUUUGUAUAAUUGUGUUGUAUUUCCUGCCUCUUGGCACAUACAAGCGAUGGAAAUAUACAGGUAAGAUUGGCAAUAACCACGCCACAAAGGCGGGAUUGUUGGAAUUAAAAUUAGAAGCAUUGUGUCUGUGUGUCUCUACGACCGUAUUAGAAUGCUGUGCUUUUUUUAAAAUCCUUUAUAUUAAGUUCGCUUGCUUGCUUGCGUGCUUGCUUGCUUACGACCGUGCAAAUCUUUCGGUCGUUUUUUAACCCACUUCCCGUUAUCCAAUCGAGCUGACAUUUUGCACACAAACUCGUUGUGCGAGACAAUUAAUGUUCGUGAAUUUUUUUUUCAAAAUUUUACACUUUAGGGAAAACAAAUUAAAUAUUUAAUUACAAAUUGCUUAAUACUGGCAGACAAUCAUCUGACCCAUAGGUGGCAGCCAUCUCAAGCCAGAGGACGAGAGGACUCUAGCCGCCACGCAUAUAAAGGAUUUAUAGUGAAAAACUUAGUUUUUACGGGUUAUACUUAUUCUACACUGGGGUUCACUAAGAACAUAUUCUUUCAGUGCAUUCGACGAGAGCACAUAUUGCAGGCAGUGUGGUCAUCUGGGCUUAUGGUGAAAACUUUGUCUUUACAGAAAUGUCCUCGGAUAAUAAACAAGUGCUCUGUGGUUUGGCUUUGUUUUUGAUCACAUGAUGGCAUACGUUAUUAUUGGGGGUUUCCCCCCCCCCCCUAACCUGUAUAGAAAUUCUCAAACUUCAUUCCCUGGACUGCCCUACAAUGAAUAUCUACAUUCAAAUGUUAAUUCCUCUUCCAUGCACACGAGGGACAUUGGUCAAAAAAUAUUAAAACCUGUAAAGGGGGAGAAAUCAAUUUUGGGAAACUGCUGGCUUUUUUAAUGAAGCACUGCAAACUGGGUCCUGAAAACAUACAUUUUAACAUACUCAUUGAUAUUUUUUUUGUAAACGUUCAUUCAUGGAAUUAUUUGGUUACAUAUAUGGUCAGAAAUAGAAUUUACCAACAGUUGGAAAGUGUGCACUUAAUUAAGGUGACUUUUCAAUUAUAAUUGUGAUCAGCAAUUGUGGUGAGACACAAGGCCCUGCCACAAGAGCAAGGCAACAUUGUGACAUUUUGAUUCCACCUAGUGUAUUCAUGAGCCAAUUAUAUUCGUUCAGCCUUAGUUCCAUGGGUAUACGACUCAUUUUUCCCCAUGUAGACAUUUUAAGUCAUGCAAUUCCACUUGUCAUUGUUAUUUUUAUAAGUUAAAUUAUUCUGUAACAGGUUCACGAUUUAAGAAAGUUUCUGCAUAUUGUGGUGUCUGCCAACUUGAUUUAAGUGUGGCAUUUAUUUUGUAUUUCGUUUAGUGUGUGUGUGCGGUUUUAUUUUGUACACUGCCUAGUGUGGUUGGUAGACUUUGCAUAAUACUGUAAUAUGUAUAAGGUCUAUGAAGAAUGGCUGGGGUAAGAGUCUGCCAAAAGCAGUAGUAACUUUUUUAUGAUGAGAUCCUGUAACCGUGGCUCGUAUAACACAUGUUCCAACAAAUCGUACAGCAAUUUUUUUCUUUAUCAAAUCAUUAAAAGCAGUUCCAAUAUGUGACUUUCAAAAAUAAACACUUACAUGAGCUGUCUGUCAGCUAUGUGUUUGACAUUAAAAUGCAUGCAUUUGACAUGUUUGCAUAUUUGGUGCGAGUACAAAAUUCUGAGCAAUGCUUUUGCAGAUUCUUACCUUGGGUGUGCUGCUGACAUUGUACAAGAGUGGGUUUGUAAUUAAUAAAGUGAUUUUGUAAAUGCAGAUUAGACUGCAAGUGAUGGAUUUAUCACAGUGAUUUAUUCGGCCAAGGAAGAAGUGGCUUUUGUGGAAUUGCUUUGGCAAGAUUACGAAUUCUACUGGAAUGUUCUAUGAUUAAUAAAAAAAUCGGAAAUUAAUUGUAAGCUUCUUGCAGCAUUUUUUUGAAGCUGCAUAUUGAAUUAAAUGGUGUAUUUAAGGUGGCAAUUGCUAAUAUUUGUUGUAUUGGUUGGGAAAACUACCAGAUCCAUGGAAAGUCUACAAAAACUUUGACUCAAAUCCACUCAUGGCUUUAAUUUAAAGCUUCCUAAACGUACUGAUGAAUAAUUACAUUGUAUAAAACAUGAUAC